GAUUAUAACAUUAACGUCCAGAAUUUUGAUGCUGGAUCUCAUUUACGUGAUCGCGGCGUAGGUGCGGGGCUUUCUGACCGUUUUCUAGUAAAGAUAUUCGGUAAACGAGGGUAGGUGCUUGCUCGUAGAUUCGGGCGAAUAAAAAUGCGGUGAAAAGUAAUCUGGCUCGGUUGAAUCAUCACAAUUAGGAUCAUCGUCGACCCAGCCAUUUUGCCAUCAGUGGAGUGUGGAUAUCCUACCCUGUCGGACGGCGAGGCGGUGGCAGUAACUGACUGAUAUAUCUAUCAGUUAUUAUAUCCCCAGUGUAAAUUCAAGGGAUUUCGCAAAAAUGGCGGGGAAUACAGGAAUGGAACAGUUAAUACCAAUUGUAAAUAAACUUCAAGAUGCGUUCACUCAGCUUGGUGUCCACAUGCAACUUGACCUGCCACAGAUUGCCGUUGUGGGUGGACAAAGUGCUGGCAAGAGCUCCGUUCUGGAAAAUUUUGUCGGCAGAGAUUUCUUGCCAAGAGGAUCAGGAAUUGUGACAAGAAGACCUCUUAUCCUCCAGCUGAUCAAUAGCUCCACUGAACAUGCUGAAUUUCUUCAUCAAAAGGGUAAAAAGUUUGUGGAUUUCGAUGAGGUGCGUAAAGAAAUUGAGGCGGAAACUGACAGAGUUACCGGUAGUAACAAAGGCAUUUCGAAUAUACCAAUCAACCUCAGAGUUUAUUCCCCAAAUGUUCUCAAUUUGACCCUGAUUGACUUGCCUGGUCUUACCAAAGUACCAAUUGGAGAUCAACCAGUGGAUAUUGAAGCUCAAAUUAAGGGCAUGAUAUUCCAAUUUAUUAAAAGGGACAACUGUCUUAUAUUAGCUGUAACACCAGCUAAUACUGACUUGGCUAAUAGCGAUGCGCUCAAGCUGGCUAAAGAAGUAGAUCCACAAGGUGUGCGCACGAUUGGUGUCAUUACCAAGCUCGAUCUUAUGGACGAAGGUACCGAUGCAAGAGAUAUUCUAGAAAACAAACUGCUUCCACUACGACGAGGAUAUAUUGGUGUUGUCAACAGAAGCCAGAAAGAUAUUGAAGGUCGUAAGGACAUCAAAAAUGCUUUGGCUGCUGAGAGAAAAUUCUUUCUCAGCCAUCCGUCAUAUCGACAUCUGGCAGACAGACUCGGAACGCCAUACUUGCAGAGAGUUCUUAACCAGCAAUUGACCAACCAUAUACGAGAUACGUUACCAGCAUUGCGAGAUAGAUUACAAAAGCAGCUACUCACUCUGGAAAAAGAUGUAGAACAAUACAAACACUUUCGACCCGAUGAUCCAGCUAUAAAGACAAAAGCUAUGCUGCAGAUGAUUCAACAACUGCAGUCCGAUUUUGAGAGGACUAUUGAAGGUUCUGGUUCAGCACAAAUUAAUACAAAUGAAUUAAGCGGGGGUGCAAAAAUAAACAGAUUAUUCCAUGAGCGGUUCCCAUUUGAGAUUGUAAAAAUGGAAUUCGAUGAAAAGGAAUUGAGACGAGAAAUUGCUUUUGCAAUUAGAAAUAUUCAUGGUAUCAGAGUUGGCCUCUUUACUCCAGACAUGGCCUUUGAGGCUAUUGUCAAAAAGCAAAUAAACAGGCUCAAAGAACCCAGCCUCAAGUGCGUCGACUUAGUUGUGCAAGAACUUAGUAAUGUUGUGCGUAUUUGCACAGAUAGGAUGGCUCGUUACCCUAGACUUCGAGAAGAGACGGAACGCAUAAUCACAACUCACGUAAGGCAGCGUGAGCAGCUUUGUAAAGAGCAGUUGGUUCUUCUGGUUGAUUGUGAACUUGCAUACAUGAACACAAAUCAUGAAGAUUUUAUUGGUUUUGCCAAUGCAUGCCUCAUGAGGACCUGUUCACUUGGCAAACUUAGACCUCGUCGCUCAUCGCGCAUUUCCCUUAGGAGGCACAGUCGCAGUUCUCUAGUGCUUGAUAAUGCUCAGCAGUCAUCUGAAAAUGCAGUUAAGGCAGGUCGACACACAUUGGGCAAUCAAGUCAUCCGCAAGGGUUACAUGUGCAUACAUAAUUUAGGAAUUAUGAAAGGUGGUUCUCGAGACUAUUGGUUUGUUCUUACAUCAGAAAGCAUUUCUUGGUUCAAGGACGAAGAGGAAAGAGAGAAGAAGUAUAUGUUGCCGUUGGAUGGAUUAAAGCUCCGAGAUCUUGAACAAGGCUUUAUGUCUCGCCGCCACCUCUUUGCGCUGUUCAAUCCUGAGGGUAGAAAUGUGUAUAAAGAUUAUAAACAGUUGGAACUUAGUUGUGAAACUCAAGAUGAUGUGGACUCAUGGAAAGCCUCGUUCCUCAGGGCUGGGGUCUACCCUGAAAAAGCAACUGAACAGACUAACGGCGAUGGAGAGGAUAUUCUACCUCAUAGGGGUGGAUCUGAAGGUCAAUCUUCGAUGGAUCCUCAACUGGAACGACAAGUUGAAACUAUUCGCAAUCUUGUUGACUCGUAUAUGAAGAUUGUAACGAAAACCACACGAGAUCUUGUACCAAAAGCUAUCAUGAUGUUAAUCAUCAAUAAUGCAAAGGACUUUAUCAAUGGAGAAUUAUUGGCGCACCUUUAUGCUAGUGGUGAUCAGUCUUCUAUGAUGGAAGAAUCACCUGAAGAAGCCCAGAAGCGUGAGGAAAUGUUGAGGAUGUACCAUGCCUGCAGGGAAGCCUUAAGAAUCAUUGGAGAUGUUUCUAUGGCAACAGUGUCUACACCUGUGCCACCACCCGUUAAAAAUGAUUGGUUGGCGUCUGGUGAAAAUCCAAGUCUUGGAUUAUCCCCUCCAUCCCCUGGUGGACCGAGGCGAGGUGUAACGCAAUCAAUGGCACCUCCAGCAAGUUCGCGAGCUCCUCCACCUGUGCCUGCUGGUGGACGACCAGCACCAGCUAUCCCCAACAGACCAGGACCUGGUGGACCUCCCCCAUCUCGAGCCACGCCAGGCUUACCUCCACCACUCAUACCAUCUCGUGGGGGUGGGCUGCAACAACGAGUGGGUCAAGCUGCAACACAGGCUGCUGCUAAUGCCGCUGUCAACGAACUGAUGGAUGCAUUCAGGAUCAAGCGACCUGUUCCUAAUAUUCCCCCCCGAAUUCCUGACAGACCAUAUUCUGGGCGGCUAAACUGAGCUAGCAUAGUGCAUGUCUGCAACAAGUGCUGAUGAGUGCUAUCUUCAACUCCAAAGUGUACAAAGGAUCAAAAGAAGAACCGUUAUAUCCGAUAGGUGAGUGCAUACGAUAUUGUGUAAACGUAAAGCCUGAAGCUGCACACGGUGUUCGAAGAGAUGGGACCAAAGUGAACAGGUGGUGGAUUUAUUGUCCCGUUUCCUGUUUAUAAAGUCAACAAUACACUUACAAAGCCAGAGUCAUUAUUAUUUAUGGUGAUAUAUUAGACGAAUAAGUAUUAGCUAUUAGCACCAUAUCAAAAUGGGGCGAUACAUCAAUCAAAUCGGCAGUGAGCAUCAUUCUUAAUCAAUUUUUGUCUUCUAUGCCAAUACAUCCUUCUAUAAUAAGUGGAUCUGUUGAAAUAUUAAGCGAUUUCCUAAGAUCGAUUGAUGCUACAAUUUAAUGGUAAAAAUACACGCUAAUGUAAAGCAGCGUAGUAUAUUACCUGCUAUAUGGAGCAGGCGAGGCAAAAUGGGUUACCCCCAAAACUUUUGGAAAUUUUUUUUAUAAAUGAUCGAAAAGGACAAACAUCAUUCUAGAUUUAAAAUAUUUUUUUCUCAUGGUUUUCUUAGGUACUCCGUUCUGCACCGCCUUUCCCUAUGUAUGUAUAUAUUAUUUUGGAUUUGUGAAUAGAUAAAUUUUCACCAGACUGAAACGGUGGCUGCUAUGCAAACCUAAAGAACAAGUUGUCAAUGUUACGACAUACUUGAUAAGAUGUUGUGUUUAUUCGAAGGAAAUAUAAGAAGUUCUUUAUCCAAUAACAUGCACCUGGAGGCUCUCUACGAUACUUUAGAUUAAAGUAGAACGUCUAAUUCACUAGAAUAUAUGAUUGAAUAGUUGAUGGACAUGAAACAUCUUAGGUUUUGGUAGAAUGGUAGAAUUCCUGGAAGAAUUCCUGGAAGAAUUUACGAUUUCAAUUUUGAUGCCGGCGUCAAUAGAUGAGCAAUCGGUAACUUUAGAGCUCUACGAAUCAUUAUCUAGUACGAAUUUCCAUCAUAUGAUAACUUUAUAAUCGAAUAAUAAUUAGCAGCUGCGGUACAAGAACAUAGUACGAUUUUCGUGGUAAUAAAUAAUUAUUAUAGCGUGUACAAAUAGAUUAUAAAUUUACUACGAAAAUCAUAAAUAAAUUCAAUGAAAAUAAUUGAACCGCGAUAAUGAGCCGUUUCAUAAGACAAAAUUAUUAUCGGCUAUUUCUGCUCGGUACAAAUAGAUUGUAAAACUACUAUUGUCAUAUUAUUUCGAAAAUUAUAAAUAAGUAAUUGAACGUAAACUGACGGCAAGAAUAGAACGUUCCAUAAAAUGGAAUUAUUAUUAACUACGUUUUUUCACUAGCAAUUAUUGAAUUCCUCAGCCGUUUUUUAUGAACUACUGACAUAAAUAUUAACAUGAUCAUUAGUGAGGCAGAGUAACCACAAUGAUCAAUCAUUGACUAAUGUAUUAUAAGCCUAACAUGAUGUUACUCAUAUUGUAAUAUUACGCUGCCCUUACCCCGCAUGUAAUAACAUAGAUAUAUAAGUAGGUACGUUUUUUUAUGUAUCCGCGAUUCAGAGACUACAAUGAAACUUAAUUUGGAUCGUAGUACACUCAAGUAUUGUCUGCAGACGCAAUGGUGCUUUCGCCAAAAAUUUGGAAGAUAUAACUAUUUUAAAUCACUCGAACACUAUGACUAUGUUAUCAUUAUACGGUCGCAAAAAUGUAUUGGCAUACAAGAAUUCUGUAUUCACCAACCAUUGUUCGAUUUGCCGGUCCAUUAUUUAAUGUUAUGUCAGCGGCUGGACCAUGUAUAUUGCAAUGCGACCUUACUGCGCUGCGUAGUAGAUUUUUCUUGAAGAGCGUUUUAUUUUUAACACGGGCAGUCAGCGAAAAAAAUUUAAUUUCUCUACCAACUGAAGACGAAAUUCGAAAGCGUCUAGUUUACUUAAUUCAUUGGGAUUCUCAAUGUGAUACGUUUUUUUUUUUUUUUUAUUCGUUAAGUUCCCACCAAAGUAAAACGCACUUUAUGCAACAAUUCUGUUCAUGUAAUCAAGUAAAUGAUUGAAUUAUUUUUCGCAAAUAUAAGUUUCCUUCAUCACUGAA